AUGCUCAAAUUCAUCAACUAUGCGCCUCUCGGACAUGCCUUUGAGAGGUUGAAUUUAGAGGACGUGUUGGGCGUGUUGCGGCACGGAUGCGGUAGUGGGCGCGGCAGCAUUCCUACUCCCGAAGAGGAAGCAAAUGUGAUACUCCAGGCGGCCUGGCUUGACCUCCAACUUAGCUAUGAUCCGUCUGCAAUGGAUGUCGAUGUUGAUCUAGAGUGCCUUGGCAUACUCGAACAGCGAAUGUUCGAACUCUCGUUGGCCGCAGGUGCUGCAGGGAAUGAACAAUGGGGAAAAGACGCUGGCACGCACCAAGACCGUUGGAAUCCAUAUGAGGGUCUCCCCGAGCACUGGAAUCAUGGUGACCAAGAUCCGUAUGCACCAGAAUUUGAAGGAGAACUGGAUGUGCAUCGUUUUAAAGCCCAAACCGCGGCCACGGCCAAGGAAGUCCAUAUAUCAUAUGAUGAGGGUGCACACACCACUGAGAGCCCACUCAUUGAACUCGGGAGGAGCAUCUAUGGCAGUCGCGGUAUACUUGGUAAGAAGGAAUCUGAAGGAUGCGUUGGUGCGGGUCCUCCGCUGUCGAUAUGGACAGCGACGAGGAACUUCCAGGGCACAUCACGAAAAAAAAUCAAAAUCACCGCCAACAAUGGAUGGGAACACGUCUUUGCGAGAGGUGGAAUCAAAUCGCGUUUUACAAAAACUACCACCGUAGACGCGAGUCACGCGACAGAAUUCCUCAAGAACUAUCGUCCCCGAGCACGAAAACAGAGUCUCGAAGUACUUAUCUCCUUACCUUUGGAUAUCCUAUUCGAGAUCUUUGGGAGGCUACUUCCACUCGACUUACUUCAUCUCUCACGCACCACCAAGGCUCUGCGCUCUGUGCUGAUGCACCGCUCAUCUACCACCGUGUGGAUGGCUGCGCGCUCCAACGUAAAGGGAAUGCCUGCUUGUGCCGAUGACAUGUCAGAGCCUGCGCAUGCGAGCCUCGCGUUCGAUAUGCAUUGUCACAAUUGUCUCAGACCAAAUGUGCGCAAUAUUGACUGGAACCUCCGAGUCAGGUACUGCCAAAAAUGCUUUAAAGAACGUACAGAGAUUGUCGAUGAUAAGUUCAAAAAAACAUAUGGAUUGAAAUUGCACCAUUGCCUGUCAUUAAGCAUGACGCAGAACCACAGGGAAUCAUUGGUCGACGAGUUGUCGAAGCUCGGGCCAGAAGAAAGAUCUGUCCUUCGAGGUUUGAAGAGAGAUGCGGUGCUCGUUCGGAAGGAGCAUGCAGUUCUGUGCACAAAAUGGAUGGAAGGCGAACAACAGAGCAGAUGGAAGGAGCUCGAUCAUCUGAGAAGCUUGCGCCAUGACGCUAUUCUGGAGAAGCUGAUCGAACUUGGCUGGGAGGAAGAUGUCAACAAGCUUCCAGAUCGGCAUACUGCACGAAUCUACAAGUUGACCCAUUUCGAAGAUCUUCCACUUGUCAAGCAGCCAAAGCCCUUGACCGAUCACAUCUGGCAAAACAUCCAACACAAAAUGGUCGAAUUCAUGGGCCAAAUGCGCGAAUUCCGCAUUCUACAAGAAAGAAAGCAACAGAUCAGGGAGCGGCAAAGCCUCCUCGCUAUGAUAUACAUUCGCGAUAUCGUGGAGUUGCCUGCUCAUCUGACUGUCACCGCGGAAGAUUUUCAGCCUGUUCGCGAGGAGUUAUUCAAACUAGUCGACACCUGGAAGCGCUGCAAUGGUCAUGAUUUGCGGUCAGACUUGCUAUGGCGGCUUGAAAUCCACCCACCGUGCUGGCUUGACAGACUCUCUGUUCAAUGCGAGAGACUUGCUGUUGCUGUCUUUACGUGCACAGGGUGGCUCUGCGACGACAUUCCUGAGCCUAAUGACUUGCCUCGGUACAUGUACUUCCCAGAGUACCUUCACCAUAGAUGCAAUCGGAUCCGGCGACGAGCAUGGAAUGAACUCGACCCUGCUAACACGUUUGCAAUGGGCCAAGGGUAUCCGGGAAAUACUGUGCAACGAGAGUGGUCCAUGGACGACCUCGAAUUAGAUAAGAAGGCCUCCCAAACCGUGAGGAAGUUGGCAAAACUCGGCUGUUUUGCCAACAACACUACCUACCGCGUCACUACCGCACCCAUGAACUACUAUAUUCACUGUGAUACUACUAUAAUUCUUACACAAAAACAUGUACUAUGGGUGUGGCAUGGAUGUGGUAUGAUGCGGCAAAAUCCUAAGGCCCACCAGAAAGGCAAUCCAUGGAAACAUUUCAUCCUUCCCACUGACCGCUCAAAGUUAGAUUUGAUUCACGUUCUGUAUCAGUAA